AUGCCGGCUUCCAAUCCCCACGAUAUCUCUCAGUACUCGAAAGGAUCGGCAGCAGUCCAUGUCGUGUCGACCGUCGCUUUGAUUCUGUCGCUAUACAUGAUCCUCGUGAUCGGUCUGGUCUUCAAUUCACUCAUGUUUCUUGCGGUGCUCUUUGAACCGCUCAUUCGAGCUAUUCUUCAGUUGGCCGUCGACCACUUUUCUUGGUUCAUCAUCAUGAUCCUCGUCUUCUACAUCUUCACCACUCAUAUCUCACUUCCCACGCCGGUGUCAGAUCCCACUCAAACCUCGUUUCAGCAAGAAAGUGGGCACAAAAUCCUCGGAGACAUCAAGGCAGAGACUGCGGAGGAGAUCCGAGAGAGACAAGAGGAUGACUUGAGAUCGAGGUUCAGUCUUCGACUUUACAAGGUGCUGUUCAUGGAACACAUCGCUGAGACUAUCGACGAACAUGCCCGUGAACUCGACUCACAGAACCAAAUUUAA